AUGAUCCAGAGUGUUCUCCCCCCUAGUAGAACACUUAACAUGCUGGUAGAAUUUUGGGAGUACAGUCUUCAGAUUAGCCCUAUUGAAAUCUUCUGCAAUUAUAUGAACACCGUUGCGUGGAUUAUGGAUGUGUUGGUCUGCAAUGGUUUGGGGAUCUACUGUGGCAUGAAGACCCUGGCCUGGUUGUCCAUGAAGCCGUACCAGUGGCAGGGCCUCUGGAACAUUCCUACAUACAAAGGGAAGAUCAAGCGGAUAGCAUUCCAGUUUACACCGUACAGCUGGGUAAAGUUUGAGUGGAGGCCAGCUUCAAACCUUCGCCGUUGGCUCGCUGUACUGGGCAUCAUCUUUAUGUUCCUCUUGGCGGAGCUGAACACUUUCUACCUGAAGUUUGUUCUGUGGAUGCCUCCCGAACACUACCUGGUGCUGCUCCGCCUUGUGUUUUUUGUCAACGUCGGAGGCGUGGCCAUGCGGGAGAUCUACGACUUCAUGGAUGACCCUAAGUUCCUCAAGAAGCUCGGCCAGCAAGCAUGGCUUGUGGCAGCAAUAACCGUGACAGAGUUCCUCAUUGUGGUCAAGUACGACCCCCACACCCUCAUGCUGCCCAUCCCCUUCUUCAUCAUGCAGUGUUGGUUCUUAGGAAUCUUUCUGAUACUCAUCUGGACCCUGUGGCGCUUCUUCAUCCGUGACAUCACACUUCGCUACAAAGAGACCCGUCGACGCAAACAGGAAGCGCCCGCUGACUGGGACCGCCCUGUGGGUAACGGCAGCUCGGGGACCUCAUCUGGACGAAGCAAAUUAAAUGGGAGCUCUGAAACGCUACGCCAGAGGAAAUCCUGAAAGUUAGCUGCUCUGUUACAAUGGGGGGGGGUUACUGAGAGAAAAAAUGAGGGGUGUUGUUACACAAAGACAAACAUAGAGAGGCAAGCCGAAGGACACAAAACGAUCCUGUGCCUACAUGAACCAAGUACUCAAUCAGCUGACACUGUUUUUAUUUGUAUCCUUCUGUUAUUUUCACACAACAAAAAAUACUCAAUUUUUUACUUUCGUGGAGCUAUAAUGGUAAAUGCUGCAUUUUUUGUACUAGUGUCUUGAAUAUUGGCAGAAAGACUAAUGGAAGAAGAAUUUAGGCUGACACUUGAACAAUUACCGAAAAUUGUUUCUUUUCUCGUAAUAAUCAAAAGGAGAGCAUCGGCAGCGUUAGCGUUGCUUUAAAUAGGAUUGGUUCUGUCCUGCAGGUAAGAAAAGUGAGUAUUUAUCGGGUCACUCAGUUUCUGUCUGAAUGAUUGCUGAUCUAGAGUCUAGUCCAGAGGUGCGCAAUACGUCAAUUGCAAAGGUAAUAUGGUUAGAUUGCGUGCUAAAAAAGUGUGGGCACCCCUGGUGUAGUCUAUGCAGCACGUUUUGUUUAAAGAAAAGUUU